GCGACUCGGCCUCUUUUUCUUUCUCGCUUUAGCGGUGAAGGUGCAACAGUAAUCGGUCGUCCCGAGCCCGGGUUCAUCCGACACCCUCACCACAUCACCAGGCUGAACUGAGCCCACAUCCACAGCGACACCAUGCCUCCUAAAUUCGACCCAACCGAGGUUAAGAUUGGUACGUUUUACUGUCCGAACCGCUGACACACAGAAGCUGGUUCAGAGCCAACAUGGCGGCGGUGUCGGCCUCUGGCGGCGCAGAGAAAACGUGUACAUGAGAUGCACAGGAGGAGAAGUUGGUGCAACCUCAGCUCUGGCCCCCAAAAUCGGACCUCUGGGUUUGUCUCCCAAGAAAGUUGGUGAUGACAUUGCCAAGGCAACCGGUGACUGGAAAGGCCUGAGGAUCACUGUGAAGCUGACCAUCCAGAACAGACAGGCAGCGGUUGAGGUGGUUCCAUCAGCAUCCGCUCUGGUCAUCAAGGCUCUGAAGGAGCCUCCUCGUGACAGGAAGAAGGUCAAGAACAUUAAGCACAGUGGCAGCGUGACCUUUGACGAGAUUGUGGGCAUCGCUCGCGUCAUGAGGCCUCGCUCCAUCGCCAGGGAGCUCUCUGGAACCAUCAAAGAGAUCCUUGGCACCGCUCAGUCAGUGGGCUGCACCAUCGACGGUCGCCCUCCCCACGAUGUCAUCGAUGACAUCAACAGUGGCAAAGUGGAGUGCCCAUCUGACUAAAUGAACACAAAUAAAAACCUUCACACGAAA